UUGCCCAACAAGGCAAGACUUCUGGUCGCUAAGAAAAGUAAACUGUCAAAAAUAUUAAAGCUUCUGGAUUUAUUUUCUCAAUCCUUUUAAAGACAUCUUUUAAAUUAUAAAAGAUUGACAAAAAAGUAUAAUAAAAUAAUUUAGAACUCACGUAACUGAAAAUUCCAAUACAAAGGUUGACUCGUACGUGACUUCCUGUGGCAUAAUUCAAUUUUAAACCCGACUUAACUUCUGUGACAAUGGUAGCUGAGUUAACAGGCAUUCCGAUUACUGUCAGUGCUAAAGACAAGUCAUCAUCAAAGUUGUCAGUAGUGUCAUUGUCUUCUGAUACAGAGGUCGAUUCAGAAUCACAUAAUAAAGAUAAAAAGAAAAGACCACGAUGGAUUAGAACAGCAACACGUGAUCCCAUUUACACAGUUCUAGAUGAUCGAGAUUGUUCAUAUACAAAUAAAUCUAAUAAGUGUUUAGAAAUAGCAAUAAGUGCCGUGAAAAGUCAAGCAAUCAAAGAACCUGAAGAGCCUUUGUACAGUGUCGUGAAGAAACCGCCAAAAUUAAUCGACGCGGAAGUCAGUCAAGAAAAAUCAAGACAAGAAAUAUUAUCUAAGCAGCGGGAACUUCACAAGUGGCUUGAGUCUUCAUCAGCAGCUAAAGAACAAGAAAUGGAUGAAAAGCCAGAUGAUCCUUGGGCCGCUCCAGGUAUUUCUGUUCCUCGAGGUGUGAUUGGAAUUGUCGGGCCUUACGGUCGCGCUUACACGAAUCCAAAUGAAAAACGUGAGUACAUGCUUGAAGAAGAGCUAGAAGAAAUAGAGGAAUGUCCAGAAGACAUUUCAACUGCCGUUGAUUCAAUUGACGGAAGAUACAGAGAUAAAAAUAACAAAUCUGAAUAUGAUGAUGACAAGGACAGUCAUAUUGUUAAGAAGGAAAUAAAUCGCAGACCUAAAUGGCGAGUUAUAAGUGAAGUUGACGAGCAAGAAAUAAUAAAAGAGAUAACGAUGGAUAAAGAAACUAGUCUGGACAAUCGGGAUAGCGAUUACAUUGAUGACAUUUAUGGUGAUAAGCCGCCUAAAUAUUUUUCAAAAGACAAUUAUGAUAACGCAAAUAAUGAACCCCACGAUCGCGACAGCCUGAAUGAAACAGGAAGUACGACAGGUGGUACUACAGAAGGGAAUCCAGGGAUUAGCAGAGAUAAGGCUGGACCUAGUGAACCAGCAGAUACCAAUCAAAGUGCUAAACCUACUUCCACAACGGCACCAUCUAGAUCACUAGUUUCUAGGAUUCUCGCGCGUGCGAGAUCUCCUGAUGAUCUUCUAGAUCAACCAGAGCCUUACUCGCAACUAUGGAUCGUCUUAUCAAACGUCUAUGGAGAACUGCUGAUAGUCCUUAUGAUGGCACUUUGUCUAGCCGAAGUUAUGGACACACCAGUGCAAUUACUAAGUCUUCAGAGUAUUUUCUUAAUGUAUCUCUACGUUGGAAGUAUUAUCGUAAUAAUAAGUAUUUAUCUGUGGGUACUGAUCGACAGUUGCGGAAAUUUAUCAGGUAGCCGAGAUGAUAUCGAACUUGGUGGCACGUCGCUCACUAGAUUUGGUUCGCUUAAAAAAGCUCACAUCUCACGAGCAAGAACUGCACCAACUAGUUUUUAUAUACGCGUUGGAGCCUUACUGUUUGGUCUCGCAACUUUAGUCUUCAAUGGGUUAGAAAUGGCAAUGCAUUCAUUGAUGCAAGGAGCCGAGUGUCUUAAUGACAUAGUUUUUGUUCAUCCAGCUCUUCACGGAAUGUUCACAUUUUUACAAAUGCAUUUUCUUUUCGUUAACUCACAGGUGUUGGUAGAACGUUUUGGAUUAGCAGCGAGAUUCGGUUUCAUACAUUUAGCAGCGACGAACGUUGCUGUCUGGGCUCGUCUCGUUAUUUGGGACUCAGCAUUAGAGUGGACGUACUUUGUACAUUUAGCUCAGAGAGGUCAAGAGAAAUCAUCUUCUUUGAGUCUACGAGGGCUUUCUGGAUCCCUUUCAAGACACACUCGUGACAUUUUGGGACAUUCUUCAGAAUAUAUCAUAGGUAAAUACCAGCCAAUUUCAGAUGAAAAAAUAGCCCAGGUAGUGACUCUUCAAGAAUGUUUAAAUACAAAUACAUUAGGCCAAUUAUGGACGUCCAGUAUGUCAUUUCUUUACCCGUUUAUUGUUCAAUUUAGUUUAAUUGCAGCAGCGGUGACGUUUGUGAUGGGUCAAAAUGUCGGUAAAAAUCGUUUUUCUCAUAAACAAAAAUUUCACAGCGUAAAAGACUUGACAGGAAACACGCGAGUGGGCUGCGAAGGAGCAAGUAAAGGUCUUUUUCUUGGUAUCCUCAGUAUGACAGCUGGCAUCGUGGUUAUUCUUAUCUUUCUUGUCGUUCGUGAAGACGAAAAUUUCCCACCUGCAACACUGUCCUGGCUUACUAGCGGAACACUCAUAGGAAUUUUAAGUUUGAGUGGAGUAAUGACAGCCAGUGGUUUAGUUCAAGUGCGGCAAAUGUCAAUAGUAUCACGAGCACCUGCUUCACUGGACAAUAUUUUAUCUAAUGUAGCUAUCUUUGGUGUUCAACUGUACUCCAUAUUUACUGCAGUCGUGUGUGCUUGUUUCUUGGCAACUGUUGACAGCGAGCAUGAGACGGACAGUCGCGGUCGACAUAUUAUGCUUCUGACAGCAUCAGUACUUCAGCUUGCUCAGUGUUUUGCUCAGAGUACAUUGAUAGCCGAGGCUUCCAAGAGGUCGUGCAUCACUCGUUUUCAAAUGAUGACCAAACCAGCACGUCAAGUCGUUACAUUUUUGCUAUUUAGCAACGCCGUUCUCUGGGCUUUUGACACAGUCGUCACUCAAAAUUGGAUAUCUCAAGAAAUCCAACUCAGGUUCUUUGGUGUACUGGCUUGGGGAAUUAUUUCACGAAUUUGCGUACCAUUGUUAGUAUUCUAUAGAUUCCAUAGCUGUGUUCUGCUGUUAGAAAUUUGGAAUAAAUGCUACAGAACUCCAAGAGGCGAAUUACCACUUAACUGACGGCACGUCUCGUCACAACGUUCAAGACCUCAAUCAAACAAACAUCGCGCUCACAAAAAAAUAAAACAAGUAACACUGGAUUGUCCCACCCACCGAAUGCCCAGUGGUCUUAUUUGCGAUCCAAAUCCUCUUUUUAUUGACGACUCGAUUCAUUACAUCCAUCCGUACAUAGACAGCGCAAGUUGGCUGUAUCUGGAAACUGAACCAAUAGUUUAUCCGUCCAGUUCAAGAGACAAUCAGUAUCAUCGUCAUUGUCGCCAUCAUCAUCAUCAUCUUAACCCACGUCAUCGGCGGAUUGCUAGUGAUCCCGGUGGACUGAUAUAUCUCCAAGACACCAGCUAUCGUAAUCACUGCAGUUUACAUCAUCGACGUGGAUUAAGUCUCAGUGGUAAUGACGUAGUUACUUCCUGUCUAGAUGAAGUAAUUAACGAAGAAGCAAAUGAAGAUUAUUGUCAAGAUGAAGCUGGACAGAAAACACCGACCUUCAGAAAAGUGCCAUGGCAUCACAAUUUGCACAUGCUCAAAACUAGACAGACCUAGUUUUUUAUUAUAAAUUUAUUUAUAUUUUAUAAAAAUCAAUGGCACAGUAAUUAAUUAAUUAAUAAAUUAAAAUAUGUCCUUCUAUAAACGUGCAAUAUUAAAUAUAAGUAAAUCAUGGCUCUAUUAUUGUUUAUAUCAUAAAUAUAAAAUAUAACUCAGCAUUACUUGCGUUAAAUAUUUAUACUCAUUAAAUUAAUAAAAUAAUCUGAGUAAUUAAUAAUAAAUUAACGCAUAAGUAAUGGUAAGUUACAGCCAUUUGUUGGGUCAUAAGAUGUGGGUUACAGAUUUUUAAAAUAAUUAUCAAAUUUAUUGUUAAUCCAUUGUCGUUAAUAACACAGUACUGUACAUAAUUAACGACAGCUUUGUAAUAAAUUUAUUUUUUUAAAAAAACUACCCGGGAAGUUAGAAAGAAAUAAAAAUUAUUUAUAAAAGUAUUUACUUAAUUAAACACAUUAAUUAUUUAAUUAAUCCAAUUUAUUGUAUUGUUUAAUAUUAAAUUAAUAAAUACAAAAUAUUUAUUAUUGAA